GCACUACCUCCUGACCAAGACUGACAGUCUCCCCUAUGGAUGCCGAUAAGCUAUCAGCAGAAGAAUAUGAUGACGUCCCUGGGUUGUUCUUUUUUGGGAUGCUCUGAUAGGAGAGUCGCAUAAACUUGUAUGAUACUGCGGCUCUGGCACUCACCAAUAUCACUAUCUCCAUUGCUGACGAGUUUGUAUUCGCCAGUGAUAGCAAAAACAACUCGCUGACGUGACCCCUUCAAUUUAAAGUGUGGUUGCGUCACCAACGAACCUAAAUAAUAUUCUUGCCAUCGUCCUUCCAGAAAGCUACAACGAGCAAUGCGGUGUUCACUGUGGCUUGUUCCCUCAGAACGGGAACAUGACGCACUGAGCUGUCUCAUGAAUUUCCGACCGAGACAUCACAGGUCAAAAACUCACUCGUCCAGAUCAUACCCCCGCUUCGACCCUCAUGUCACCCUCGCCACUUUCGAGAGUUCGUAUAAACCCAAAAUAUCUCUAUUCCUGUCUCCGACCACCAUCUCGGUUCCCGUGUAUUUUGAGUCUAUGAAGGUCGGAAACAACUACCUCAGCUCACUGUCCAUCGUCGUUGCCAAAUCCCGCGAGCUCAUGCAAUUACGCGAUCUCGUUGUCGAGCACCUCGAGAACAACAAUAUGAAAGACACGAGUCGUUCGUUUCCACACAUGUCCUUGUUCUACCUGGACGAAAAGUCCAAAGGAGACCGCCAAGAACUUGGCAAGCAACUAGAACGAUCGGAAAGAGUCCGCGAACGAACCGGUAGGAGAGUCAUAGAAGCUGCGCUGGACUGUACCCUGGAUGGUGCUGAGCCUGAAUUUGAUGCCAUGUAUGGAUUUGAGGGAUCGUCGAUAUGGCUCGUCGACUGCACUGGUGGAGUAGAGGAUUGGAAAGUCCUAGAGAAACAGAAGCUCAAAUCAAGAAGGCACGAUCUACGCGAUGUCUACCUGUCGAGAGGCGAACCUUUCUAUUCCUUUUCCUGGCCAACAAAUCCUGUUCCUGUCGUAACAAUGCCACCCUCUCCAAGAAUGGGGGGACGCCAACCUUUCUUGUACGGGUCAAAUCCCCUACCAAUGACACCAUAUUAUCCCCCGGACCCAAGGUAGCGUGCACUUUCCUGGCUGUACUUUGUGCUUAAGAUUGUUCCAAUCACAGGAUGAAUAGAUGGAAUUACGGACAAGGUGUAGACCCGAGAGUCCGAGGCAAUAUGUUGAGGCGGGGGGUCCCGAAUGCAUAUUGGGGUCGGUACUGAGAGAAUUCAUGCACGAUGUGCCGUUGAUGUUUAUACAGGGUGUUGGCUGUAACGCUU